ACAAAAUACCACGCGAUGAUGACUUCCCAAGUGCUAGUGACUCUGUUACUGGCGCUACUUUCCCACGGGACUCGAGCUGGGUUCCUAGAUCUGCCCAGCGAUCCUCUCGAAACGAUAAAAAGUACAAUCGACAGCGCUAAAACCGGAGCCGAAGGCAUCAUCGGAACCGUCCCGGAACUCAUCACCGACUCCUUAGGGAACGUGCUCGAUAUCAACAACGUACCCGUCGUCGCCAGGGUACCCACCCCCGAUCUGAUAGCGCAGAAUGGCUACCCCGUAGAGAGCCACUAUGUUACCACCGACGACGGGUACAUCCUCAACAUACACAGAAUCCCCAAGAGCAAAAACGGCGUUUCCAACGGGAAAGUCGUCUACAUCCAGCACGGCUUGAUGUGCUCGUCUGUGGAUUUCGUUCUAUUCGGACCUAAACAUGGACUGGCGUACUUGCUAUCAGACGCUGGUUACGACGUGUGGUUGGGCAACGUCAGAGGUAACACCUACUCGAGGAACCACACUAGAUUCUCCGCGGACGACGAGGAAUUUUGGCAGUUCAGUUGGCACGAAAUCGGCAAAUACGACAUACCAGCCAUCAUUGACUACGUUCUCCUUAAAACCCAGAAGGAGCAGCUCUUCCACAUCGGGCACUCUCAAGGAACAACAACAUUCUACGUGAUGCUGUCCGAGAAGCCUAAAUACAACGAUAAAGUCGAAGCGCACAUCAGCUUGGCUCCGAUUGCCUUCAUGGGCCACUUGUUCAGUCCUUUGAUCAGGUUCGUGGCUUUGGGAACGGAGCCAUUGAGCCAGCUGCUCAAUAUGAUGGGUGAAUACGAGUUCUUGCCCAACUCAAGUUUUUUCACCUUCCUAAAGGAGGCUACCUGCUUUCGGGGAAUUGGGAAGGUCCUCUGCAAAAACGCCUUGUUCGCCAUAGCCGGCUUCAGUCCUAAUCAGUUGAACGUUUCCAACGUGCCUGUAGUGGUGGCUAAUUAUCCAGCUGGUGCAUCAACUAGGCAAAUCGUGCACUACGGACAAGAGGUGAAGAGCAAAAAAUUCCGGAUGUUCGACUACGGAAUCUACAAUGUGGACCAUUACACCAACGGCCCUCCGGACUACGAUUUGACCAGGAUCGAGACCGACAUGUACCUGCUCUACAGCUCCAACGACUGGCUGGCUGCGAAAGUCGACGUGGAGCAUUUCUACGACCAGCUGCUCCAUUCCAAGGUGAAAUACAACAUCCCCAUUGACACCUGGAACCACUUGGACUAUCUUUUCGGGAACGACGCUCCCAAGGUUGUUUACAAGAAGGUCCUCGAAAUUCUUUCCAAGUACAAUUAAAAUUUGUUGUUUGUGGUGUUUAGUAAGUGUGAAUGUGUGACUUUGUUUUUUUAUUAUUUUGACGAAAAUACUCUGUAUUUGACGAUUAAGCAUAAAAAAAAAAUUAUGUACCCAAAAAUUAUUUCUUGAUAAUUAUUAUAUUUUAA